AUGACUGCUGCGGUGUCCAUUUCAUUUCUCCUUUUGCGGUUAGCAGUGUGGGGAGCACUAUUCACCUGCCACUGCCCAACACUUGUAAACCCAUACCUAAACCUCUGGAAGAAUUUCACACUGGCCUUCCAACCUACCAUAGCUGGAAAAGUUCUUACAAGGCAUGCAGCGAGAAGUGAAGCUGGCAACGCCCGUUACACCUCUGGAUUCCUCAACGUAACCCCCGAGUAUCGUUUUUCUCUUCUGCCCAUUUGCUUCUUUGUUUCUACUGAAUGUAAAUAUGCCUCAUCACGGGUGAUCCUUCUUCCCCAAUUUCUUUGCAUGUCCUAAAUAUAUCAGCCAUGAAUCUUUCCCGACCCACCAACCUUGGAUGUUUUACUCCCUCCUCCUCAGCUUCUCUAUUCCCUGGAUUGGAUGUGGACACAAAAACAAAAACUGGAGCUUUGCGCUUUGAAGAUACAAAAGAAAGAAUCCAAAAAUUGUUCAAAAAUGUUGAACUUUCAGUUUCUGCAUAUGAUACUGCAUGGGUGGCAAUGGUCCCUUCUCCAAACUCUCUUAAUAAACCUCUUUUUCCGGAGUGCAUAAACUGGGUAUUAGAUCAUCAAAACCCUGAUGGAUCAUGGGGCAUACUCCAUGACCAUCAGUUGGUGAUGAAAGCCACUCUCUUAUCCACAUUAGCAUGUGUUCUUACUCUUAAACGAUGGAAUAUUGGUCAUGAUCAUAUGAGCAAGGCCCUUAGUUUUAUCAAGUCUAAUAUAGCUUCAGCUACUGAUGAGAAUCAACGUUCUCCUGUGGGAUUUGACAUAAUUUUCCCUGGUAUGAUUGAGUAUGCUAAAGACUUGAAUUUGAAUCUACCCUUGGCAUCAAUGAAUGUGGAUGCUUUGGUUCAAAAGAAAGAGUUGGAGCUUAGAAGCUGCUGUAGCAACUCUGAAGGAGGAAAAGCCUAUUUAGCGUAUGUUUCAGAAGGAAUUGGAAAGUUACAGGACUGGGAUAUGGUCAUGCAAUAUCAAAGGAAGAACGGAUCACUGUUUAGUUCUCCAUCCACCACAGCAGUGGCUUUUAUGCACAGAAAUGAUGAUGGCUGCUUUAAUUACCUUCGCUCAAUCUUACAAAAGUUUCAUAGUUCAGUUCCCGCAAUAUAUCCUCUUGAUAUAUAUGCUCGUUUACACAUGGUUGAUAGCCUUCAAAAACUGGGGAUUGAUCGCCAUUUCAAAGAUGAGAUUAGAAGUGUAUUAGAUGAAACGUACAGAUGUUGGAUGCAAGGAGAGGAAAAUAUAUUCCUAGAUGCUUCAACUUGUGCAAUGGCCUUCCGGAUGUUACGUGUUGAAGGAUAUGAUGUUUCUUCAGAUCAAUUGACUCAAUUCUCAGAAGAUCUCUUUCCAAAUUGCCUUGGAGGACAUUUAAAAGACUUUGGUGCCUCACUAGAGUUAUUUAAGGCCUCCCAGAUUAUCAUUUAUCCGGAUGAGUUUAUUCUGGAAAAUAUAAACUCUUGGACUAGUCGUUUCCUGAAUCAUGGAUUAUCUGGUGGUUCGGUUCAUUCUGAUAGAACUGAGAGACUCGUGAAACAAGAGGCAGUUAAUGCUUUCGAGUUCCCCUAUAAUUCAACUCUGGAACGCUUAUCAAAUAAGCGAGCACUGGAAAGUUACAGUGGAGACAUUGUCAGGAUUUCAAAAACAACAUAUGCCUGCUUAAAUUUUGGUCAUCAAGAUUUCCUGGAACUUGCUGUAGAAGAUUUCAAUACCCUGCAAUGCAUACAUCGCAAGGAACUGAAAGAGCUUGAAAAAUGGGUCAUCGAAAACAAACUGGACAAGUUGAAAUUUGCCAGACAGAAGUUAGCGUACUGCUAUUUUUCUGCUGCCGCGACCCUAACUUCUCCAGAACUUUGUGAUGCUCGCUUAUCAUGGGCAAAAAAUGGGGUACUCACAACCGUGGUUGAUGAUUUCUUUGAUGUUGGAGGAUCUGAAGAGGAAUUGGUAAACCUUAUACAAUUGGUGGAAAAGUGGGAUGCCAGUGGGGAAGCGGGUUACUGUUCCAAGGAGGUUGAGAUUAUAUUUCUUGCACUUCAUAGCACAAUUUGUGAAAUAGGAGAAAAAGCUUUACCAUGGCAAGGACGCAGCGUGACGAGGAAUGUUAUCGAUAUUUGGUUGGCUUUGCUCGAGUCAAUGAGGAAGGAAGCUGAAUGGUUGAAAAAUAAGGUAGUGCCAUCAUUGGAUGAGUACAUGGAAAAUGGCUAUGUAUCAUUUGCUUUGGGGCCUAUAGUCCUUCCAACGCUCUACUUUGUUGGACCUAAGCUUCCUGAGGAAAUUAUUGGAAAUUGUGAAUACCAGAAGCUCUUUAAGCUGAUGAGCACUUCUGGCCGCCUUCUGAAUGAUACUCGAACUUUUGAUAGAGAGUCCAGUGAAGGGAAACUGAAUGCCUUGUCUCUAUACUUGAUUAGUGCCGGUGGUAAGCUCAGCAAAGAGGAGGCCACUGAAGCAAUGAAAGGAGAUGUUGAUAGGACGAGAAGAGAACUGCUUAGAUUAGUUUUGCAGGAGAACAGUACAAUUCCAAGAGCUUGUAAGGAUUUGUUCUGGAAAAUGAGCUGUGUUGUGCAUCUAUUUUACAGGAAAGAUGAUGGGUUUACUUCCCAUGAGUUGAUGAACUCUGCGAAAGCCUUAUUCGAACUACCCAUGGUUCUGGAUGAACUUUUGAACAAACGAAACACAAAAGAAAUAAGUUAAUUUGUAAACAUGGUGAUGGAGAAGUUCUUUUGAAACUUCAAUAAUGGGAAGUAGAUGUAGACAUCUAUUCACAA